CUCGCGCAGCUCAUUCUCGGGCUCGUUCCAAACCCGCACCCGGUUCCGUACUAAAGAUGGUAUCCAGAUUAGAUUAGAUUAGAUAGAUAGAUAGAUAGAUAGAUAGAUAGACGAUAAGAAUAAGUGGGCUCACAAAUACAUGCAGCAAAUACAGUUAAACAAAACAUAACAUUCCCCAAAAUAGAUGCGCGCUAUACUGCACACUUAACAUCCAUCUGUUGCUUAUUAAUGACUAAGGAGAAGCGUUUGGGAUUUACCAGGUUGUUGUAGCCUAUGUCCAAAUAAAAAAAAGUAUCGAUAGAGCUAUCCAAAAUGGUGUCCGGGUGCUAGCAGUAUGUGGUAUGCAGCAUAUAAUAAGAUAUGCAGCCUGCGGUUUGGGACGCAGCCUCUGUCUCGGAGGGGCGCGCGCUGCUCGGCUACGCGUCAGGAGGAGCUGUAACCAUGUUAACCGCUCGCGCAGGAUUUGCGGAAGCACGGCGAGCGGUGCGGUCUGUAGGGCUUGACCCGGGUCCUGUCUUUUAUUUGGGCGGACGGAGCGUCUGGCGCUAGAGCCAGUCCGAGAAGACGACUAUCCCCUCAGUACAGAGAGCAGUGGAGCUCUCCUGAUUCACACUGACUGCCCACAAAGCGCUAUUUUAGGAACAGACAGAGUUUGACUCCUUAUGUGAUUGAGCAGCAGAGGGUGAUGCGCUCCAGCUGCCUGGUGAGCGGCGUGCACACUCCUCCCAUCCGCCGUCACAGCAAGCUGGCUACACUGGGGCGUCUCUUCCGGCCUUGGAAGUGGAGGAAAAAGAAGAACGAGAAGAUGAAGCAGAGCUCCACAGAUGUGGCCUUGGCCAGUGGCCUCCAUUCUCUGAAUAUCAGCUCUCCCAUUCAGAGUGUUUCGGACGCGGAGCUCCGGCUGCCUGGCUCACAUGGGCCUAUCCUCAGCAUCAGCAGCAUGGAGUAUCUCAGCUCAGAACACGAGCAUCUGCCUACCGUUCCUGAUUCCGUAGAAGAUGGUGCAACAACAGAAGAGCCUAACAGCAUUGAGGAUGAGGAAGAGGAGGAAGAGGAGGAGGAGUCCCCUCCAGUAGAUAAUGAUGAAGGUAGAGAUGCUAAUACAGAGGAAAGAGAGGAAGAUGAAGAUGAAGUGCCUCAAAGACAGUCUCCUCUGAGCAAUCAUUGCAUUCAGGUCGCUCAGCUUAACGCUGAAGAAGACCCUGCUAGCUUCACUCUCACAGCAGUGCCUCAGCCCAACUCAUUUCUCCCUAAAGAGGUGCCCAGAGUCCUAGAAGGCCCUAGUCCUGUACUUCUCCGAGGGCCUUUCUCCAAUACAGUGAGUUCACCUCAUAUAGGAACCCUGCAUCCUCCUUUGCCCCCUAGCAGUAUCAUUGAGGAACUGCACCGUGCUCUGGCAACAAAGCUUCGGCAAGAUAGUACGGAGCGAGAGCCAAGUGGGGAGGUGGAAAGCAGGAAGGAGGCAGAGGAGAAUAAGGAGAACAUGAGACAAAGCAACUGCUUUACUGAUGCCUCAGGAAUCAUAUACGACAUCGACAGCUGGAACGAGUCUGUCAUUUCUGGCACAUUGCCACGGCGAAUGAGAAAGGAGCUGCUGGCGGUGAAGCUGCGGAAUCGGCCCAGCAAACAGGAGCUGGAAGACAGGAACAUCUUCCCUGUGCGCAGUGACCAGGAGAGACAAGAAAUCCGCCAGCAGAUUGAAAUGAAGCUCGCCAAGAGACUCAGUCAACGGCCGGCCGUUGAGGAGCUUGAGAGCCGAAAUAUUUUAAAACAGCGGAAUGACCAGACAGAGCAAGAGGAAAGGAGAGAAAUAAAACAGAGACUAAACAGAAAGCUCAAUCAGCGGCCAACAGUCGAUGAACUGAGGGAGAGAAAGAUCCUGAUUCGCUUUAGUGACUACGUAGAGGUUGCUAAAGCGCAGGAUUAUGACAGGAGAGCUGACAAACCUUGGACUAGACUGUCUGCAGCUGACAAGGCUGCCAUCCGGAAAGAGCUGAAUGAGUUCAAAAGCACUGAGAUGGAGGUACAUGCAUCAAGCAAACACCUAACAAGGUUUCACAGGCCGUAGAAGAGGGUUUUCUUCUGUGAAGAAAGUUAAAAUAGACAUACAAUGGCGAAAUCCUGGAGAUGACGUCAUCCAUGGGAAGUGCUUAUUCUUCCAGCUUUCCUGGUCUUAGGUGCAGUUAAUGACAGAAGCUCCAAAGCAGGGGCACAGCACCUUGAGCAGAGAGCAGCAGCUGAGGACCUCCGCUCUGAGGCUGGAGAAGAGGGGCCAUUAUGAAAGGAUUUUUGAUGUUAAAACUGAGUUUUUAAAUAACUGCUGAGUCAACUCUGAGUGAAAGUUUGUGUGCAUGUGAGAUCCACUUUAAUGGAAAGAAGAAAAAAAGUCACUUAAGGGGUGUAAGCCUAUUAAUUAAAGAGUUUAAUAUCAAAUGUACAAAAUGCAGUCUGUUCAAACAACCUAGUGGUUAAUGUCUUUAUUUGGUGAAAAAAGAUGAGCGAAAAAACGACUGUUAAGCAAUUUGAUUUCAGAAUUAAUUGAGAAAUGCUUUGUCUUACUUUCAGUAAUUUGGGUCCAGAGCCCCUGACUUCACAUGGUGAAGUAUUGAUCAACUAGACAGGUUUGUUUUAAUGGUGGUGAGCAACCCAAACAAAGUCACAUGUGCCAAUACUUUAAACUUGAUUAAUCUUUCUUGAAUUCACAUAAGGUGCCCUACAACACUCAUGACUGCUGGGGUGUACAUGCUCAACCCUGAAGAAUUCAUACACAGAAAAAAGGGUUAAAUCGAUGUAGAACCCUGUAACAGACUUUCCCUUUACAAAAGGCUUCAAGUAUAAGCCCUUUAGAAAGCAAGAACCAUUAACUAUCCAAUGAACUCCUGAAGAACCCAUUCUAGUCUAAGCUGUUAGGAGGCUGUAAGGACUAGAGAAACAUAAGCUCUCAAAUCAGCAUUUAUUAUCUAUCCCAACAUAGCUAACUAGGCAUCCAGAAAUCCAUCAAUUUACACACAACCUAUGAACUCAUUUGUCCAUACUGCAGUGUUGUAGUAAUAAUAAUGAUAUUAGAUAUUGAUUCAAAAUAAUAAGCUGGAGAUUGUCAAUUGCACCAAAAGCACUGGCUAAAACAUUUUGAUCUGUAGUGAAAAAAAGACAAAGAGAUUCACAUUCCUGUCAUGCAUUACUGCUGUGAAUAUAUGUUUUGUUGUUUUAUUUAGUAACUGACCAGUAAACAUACCUUUGGGGACUGAAUGUAAGUGUCAGGGGUAACGUUUAUUCAUGAAUAAAUUUUUUUUUACAUUUUC